GAUUAGGCUCGCGCCGGUAGCGAAUCCAUACGCUGCCGAUCGAAGGCGUACAUUCCUCAGCAGUGGCGAGCGCCGGCGCAGCGGUCCGACGUAGCCGCGCGUCCCAGCGGCGCCGCCUCAAAAGCAACUCCUACGAUGCCAGAGGUAAUAGAAGCCGCGGCCGCGACGAGCGUCGCGUCGGCCGGCGUCGCGGCGGAGGUGACAGCCGCGCCAGCCGAAGAAACGACAAAUGACGAGCCCAUGUUAACACCAGUGGAACAACUAUUUCAAGCGAUAAAAAUGGGCGCCGACGCCGACGCCAUCGUCGCGAAACUCACAGUACCGAACCCCAGAGAACUAGUGCAGUCAAGAGACGCCCAGGGCCACACGACGGCGCACUGGGCUGCUAAGAGAGGAGAACCUUGGCUCUUACGAUUAUUACUAGACAAAGGCGCGUCCGUGAGUGCCGCGAGCGAGGACGACGUCGGCAUGCGGCCGCUGCACUGGGCGUGCACGGAAGGUAGGAUGGCCUGCGCCCGACUACUUGUUGAUCGAGGUGCUGAUGUCAAUGCGAGGGACAAGCAGGGCUGCACGCCGCUGGUCGUGGCCGCGCAGUGGGGGCAAGCCGAUGCCGCUGCUUAUUUAAUUAAGGUAGGCGCCGAUUUUCGAAUUUUCGACCGGCACGACGAUUCGGCUUUACAUUGGGCGGCCUAUAAAGGUAACGUCGAGAUUGUGGGGUUAUUGCACCACCUCGGUCUACCGUUAGAUGAUGCGGACGGCUACGGGCAGACGCCCUUGCAUCUAGCAUCUUUACGAGGCAAUUUGGGCGUCUGCGAAUAUCUGCUGGUGGACGCCGUCACAACCACGAAGACGCGACUCGACCCGGUCGACAAAAAUCAGAAAAGACCAGUAGACCUCGCGACGGAAAAAGGCCAUAGACACGUCGUCCAGUUCCUCAACAGACAAAGACCGGUCUGCGAGCGGGGUGUCAAAGCGUUCGUCCAGGACAACAUGUCGCUGGGAGCGUGCAUCCGCAUGUGUAUUGCCGGCGAGAAGGCGCGGUUCCCCUGGUGCGCCAUGGUCUGUAACAAGCUCCUGGCGUCGUUCAUCUACUUCUUUCUAUUUCUCAACGCGGAGUUUAAUCCGGAUAGUGAUAAAGGCGCGGCGACGCACCCGUUCGACAUUCCCGUGGCGCGCUGUGCAUGAAUCAAUUCACAUGCACCCGACUUACUGGUUGAUUUGUGCACAGGUAUGGGUCCACGCCGCCGCGUUUAACCUACAUGUGGUGGUCUGGUGUUCGUUUAUUUUAUGUUGGUUGGGCGAUCCUGGAGUCAUAAAAGGUACUACGGCCGAAGUCGAGUUAACGAAAGCUUAUGAUGCUUAUUUUGAUCGACUCGUGACCGGAGAACGGGACGACGACGCGGUACCUGUCAAGCUCGACCAUUCGUGCCACAUCGUACGACCUUUGCGGUCGAAGCAUUGCCGCGUCAGUAGGCAGUGCGUCGUCGGCUUCGACCACUACUGCCCUUAUGUGGGGACCACUGUGGGUUUGCAGAAUUACCGGUGGUUUUAUCUCUACUGCGUGUCGUUCACGCUGGCGGCGCUGCAGUGGGAAUGUCUCGCUAUCUCAUACGUGAAGACAUACACGGUGUCGUGGCUAUUCUACGGGGCCAUGGCGUGGUUCGUUUUGUUUAUUAUGUUCGGCUUUGCCAUGAUCACCUAUCACACUCAAUUAGUAUUGUCGAACCUAACAACAAAUGAGCACAUGAACAUGGGCCGCUACGAGCACUUCCGGGAUAGCAAUGGCAUGGUGCGGAAUCCCUGGGACUGCGGUGUUCUCGGGAAUCUGAGCGACCGGUUCCUGCCGCCUCGCGUGGACGACCUGCCUGUGGUCAAGCACUCGUUCAUGGAUGCGGACGUGAAGAAGCCGCUGCUGGCGAAGGCCUAGGUCUUUCUAAGAAUUUUUACGAUUAAA